CAGGAAGUGCUUUAGACACGUGUGGUGUGUGAAGAAGAAAAUACGAGAUGUCUGCCCUGGACAGAGUAAUAAAGCCUAAAACAAGGAGAUCAAAGAGAUUCUUGGAACAGAGGGGACCCAAACUUAAUGAAAAUGACAAAAGUGCUAUGCUCAUCAAAGGAGGCAAUGCUAGCAAUACUGUGACACAAGCCCUAAAGGAUCUGCAUUCUUUAAAAAAGCCAUCUUGUGUCUUAUAUAAAAAAAAAAAUAUGACAAGACCCUUUGAAGAUCAGACAUCAGUGGAAUUUUUCUCGAAGAAAUCAGACUGCUCGCUCUUUGUGUUUGGUUCCCAUAACAAGAAACGCCCAAACAACCUGAUCUUUGGUCGUAUGUAUGAUUUCCAUGUGCUGGAUAUGGUUGAGCUAGGAAUGGAGAAAUAUGUGUCCUUAAAGGAGUUUAAGAAUUGCAAAUGCCCUGAAGGCACCAAACCUCUGGUGAUAUUUGCUGGAGAUGCAUUUGAAAUGAAUGAAGAUUACAGGCGCUUGAAAAGCCUCUUCAUAGACUUCUUUAGAGGACCAACAGUGUCUGGUAUACGUCUGGCUGGGUUGGAGCAUAUAUUGCAUUUCACAGCAGUGGAUGGGAAGAUUUAUAUGCGCAGCUACAAAGUGUUAAUGAAGAAGUCUGGGUGCAGAACCCCCAGGAUAGAACUAGAAGAAAUGGGACCUUCAUUUGAUUUUGUGAUGAGAAGGACCCACCUUGCUUCUGAUGAUCUAUACAAGCUGGCGAUGAAACGUCCUAAAGCCCUGCAGGCAAAGAAGAAGAAAAACAUCUCACAUGAUACUUUUGGUACACAAUAUGGCCGAAUCCACAUGCAAAAACAGGAUCUGGGUAAAUUGCAGACCCGUAAAGUUAAGGCACUGAAGAAGAGGCCAGCAGAGAAGAUUACAGAAGCGAGUGAACACAAAAACACGAAAAGGAGGAAAAGCAACUGAAUUGGGCUAUUGUUAGUAUUUCAGGACUGUUGAUCCUUUAAGCAUGCCUUUUUACAGGACUUAUACACUGGGUU